CCUCACCCCACCAGGCUCCCUCUCUUUAACCCUUUGCUUCCUCAAAAAAACCCCUUUUCUGUCAACCUGCUCUUUCUCUUUCUUUCUGGGUUCUUCAAGACUAUAGAGUGUAGACCUAACCCUUCAAUGGCUUCUUGGAAAUCAAUGUCACUUCUUCUCUUCCACCUUCUUCCUCUAGCUGUCAUGGCUACCCAAGAUGCUUUUGUAGGUGUGAACAUAGGUACCGCGCUUUCAGACAUGCCCAACCCGACUCAGGUAGUGGCCCUUCUCAAGUCUCAACAAAUCCGACAUGUCAGACUUUAUGAUGCUGACCAAGCCAUGCUAAAUGCUCUUGCGGGUAGUGGAAUCCGUGUAACUAUUUCUGUCCCGAACCAACAACUUCUUGCAAUCGGCCAGUCCAAUGCCACUGCAGCCAAUUGGGUGGCUCGUAACGUCCUCACCCACGUCCCUGCCACCAACAUUACUGCCAUAUCAGUUGGAUCUGAAGUCCUCACCACUAUCCCUAACGCCGCACCUGUCUUAGUCUCUGCCCUUAGAUACAUCCAAGCGGCCCUAAUUGCUGCCAGGCUCGACUCCCAUAUCAAGGUCUCGACCGCCCACUCAUCUUCCAUCAUUCUUGACUCAUUUCCACCGUCACAAGCCUUCUUUAACCGCACAUGGGAUCCAGUGAUGGUCCCGCUACUGAAAUUCCUCCAAGACACUGGAUCAUACCUCAUGCUUAAUGUCUACCCGUAUGACGAUUAUAUGCAAUCACACAAUGCAAUCCCGUUAGAUUAUGCCUUGUUCCGCCCUUUGCCACCAAAUAAAGAAGCGGUUGAUUCCAACACUCUUUUGCAUUAUACUAAUGUUUUUGAUGCAGUCGUGGAUGCGGCUUAUUUUGCAAUGUCGUAUCUAAACUUCACAAAUAUCCCGAUUGUUGUCACGGAAUCUGGCUGGCCUUCAAAAGGGGAUUCGAAUGAGCCCGAUGCUACUCUUGAGAACGCCAAUACUUACAAUAGUAAUCUAAUCAAACAUGUUAUUAACAACACAGGAACCCCAAAACACCCGGGGGUGGCAGUGAGUACAUUUAUUUAUGAGCUUUAUAAUGAAGAUGCGAGGUCUGGAUCCGUGUCUGAGAAGAAUUGGGGCCUUUUUGACGCUAACGGGAGACCAAUAUAUAUUUUACACUUGACGGGUUCAGGAACCAUGUUGGCUAAUGAUACCACGAACCAGACUUAUUGUGUUGCGAGGGAAGGUGUGGACCGGAAGAUGUUGCAGGCUGCUUUGGAUUGGGCUUGUGGACCGGGGAAGGUUGACUGUUCGGCUAUGGUUCAGGGUGCACCAUGUUAUGAACCAGAUACCGUGUCUGCACAUGCAACAUAUGCUUUUGAUGCAUAUUAUCAUAGGAUGGGUAUGGCUGAAGGGACUUGUGAUUUCAAUGGGGUGGCCAGCAUCACUACCACUGACCCAAGCCAUGGCAGUUGUAUCUUUCCAGGAAGCCGUGGCAGUAAUGGAACGUUUAUAAAUGGUACAUCUCUGGCUCCAUCUUCCAACUCGAGUUCAUCAGGUAGCUUGCCACUUUUUAACUCAUAUGAUUCAGUUUCGUGUCUGAGAUGGGCUGUGGUGUUAUUCUUGAGCGUGGUAUUCUUGUAAAGUGUCUAAGUAUUCUCUUCAUGAUUACCCGAUUUUGGUAAUCCCCAAGAAGCGGGGAGGGUAAAGGUAGCAACUGGCAACUAAUGUUGUUUGAAACACGUAGAAUUGUAGGAUUUAGGUUUGGGGUCGAGGUUAAUUCGUUUGUUGAAUUGUAUUGUAGGAACUAGAAACAAGCGAAUCAAGAGUUGCUAUUCCUAAUCUAUCAUUCUUUGACUAAA